UAAAUACCAAUGAUUCGAUCUUGCCUAAACUCAGUCUGCAGAUGCUGUUCGCAUAGACCAUACGGAGAGAUCAUGGCAUCGCAUAGCCUUCUGGCUGCUCUGCUGCUGGGUAUUUGUUCCACGACCAGCGCCUCGUUGUUGAACUGUAAUUGUGAGCCGGGUCCUCGAGGACCACCGGGACCGCCAGGCCCUCCGGGUGCUGGCUUUGGUAGUGGUGGUGGUGGUGGUGGUGGUGGCCUAUGGGGCUAUCCACCUAUGCCACCAUUUAAUCCUAAUAUUCAGCCUAUAAUUGGUCCUAGAGGCUUGCCUGGACCGCCGGGACCACCGGGCUACUGCUUCCCCUGCCCAUAUAGUGGUUAUGGACCACGACCAGGAAUAGGACCCGGAGUCGGACCCGGAAUCGGACCAGGAUUUGGACCAGGAUUCGGACCAGGAUUCGGGCCAGGAUUUGGACCAGGUUUUGGACCAGGUGGGGGAGGAGGAGGAGGAGGAGGAGGCGGCGGAGCUUUCGGUCAGGGCAUAUCCUCCGCUAUUGGCAAUCUUAUAAUCAUACCAUCCGGCGUUAAUGGACGCGCUCAGCUCUUCCGCAUCACGCCCGAUGGCCAAUUGGUGCGCAUCGAGAAUCCCAAAAAUGAUCUCAAUGAGCUUCUACCGCACAAUUUCCAAGAGCAACUUGCACAACAAGCGGCCGUGCCCACAGCGGCUUCAACGACCGGCAUAACGCCACCAAAUCCGCGGCCAGGGCCCACAGCACCUACGCCCGACGAUCAGACCGACGGCCUGGAUGAGACUAUGUUUGCAGCGGCUGCAACGAAUUCGGAGCGCAAGGAUUCGCUGCGUGGCAACUCUGAGGCCAACGAUUGGCGCCGUGUCCUGCUGCUGGGUGAGCCGCCUGUCGUCAGCGCUGCCAGCUCCGAGCAGGCCACCGCCAACCAACUGGAGAACAGCAUGGACAGCUUCCAGCGAGCACUGGUCGAUCUGAGGGAUAAGUAUGCCUCCCUGAUACAGCCGCCCACGGUCGAUCAGCGAUACGCCGUUAUUCUAUAGACACUAAGUGACACCUGAAGACCCUUAUUAUAAUAAAAUCGUACUGAUAAUUUCUAAAAUUACUGUUAUUGCAAAAUAAUUCGAA